UUAAGAGUUUAUUUGGUAGAAGAGAAGAGAGAAGCCAUAACAAACACAGACAAACAAAAACGUUGGAAGAGAAAAGUGGCGGUGAAAAAUGAAAGUGACUUGGAAGAACAAGAAGAAGAAACGUUGUUUACCCACGUUGUCACACUUCACUGACCUUCCCUUUGAGCAUAAUCAUCAACAACACUCCAACACCGACGCUGAAGAUGGCGCGCAUGUUCCCGACGCCACACAAUUGGCUAACGAAUUUCAAGCUCAAGGAGACAAGCUUGCUAUGGAUGGGAAGUACCGGGAAGCACUAGGUAAAUGGGAAGCUGCUCUUGCGUUGGCGCCUGAUGUUCCAGUUGUGCAUGAACAAAAGGCCCAAGUUUUACUAGAAACUGGAGAUGCUUGGAAUGCUUUAAAGGCUGCUACUCGAGCUACUGAAUUGGACCCAUCAUGGGCUGAGGCAUGGGUCACACUUGGCAGAGCACAACUUAAUUUUGGUGAGCCUGAUAAUGCUAUUGAAAGCUUUGACCGUGCUCUAGCUCUCAAGAUCUUCUUUAACAUCCAUGGCUUCCGCUUCUCAGAGUUUCGUCUCGCACUCGUUUCCGAACUCCAUCGCCGAGAAGCUCGACGAUUCCAACUAUCUCCACUGGCGACAUGUUGAACCAAUCAUCAAAUCACACAAACUGCAGUGGCUUGUCAUUAAUCCUAUUGUUCCGCCUCAAUAUCUCAUGGAAGAUGAUCAAAUUGUUGAUUGCAUGAAUCCGGAGUAUGAAGCAUGGGAAGUUCAGGACCAAACGCUUCUUGUUUGACUCCGAUCCACUCUUUCAAAGUCUGUUCUCUCGCGUGUUCUUGGCUCAAAUCACUCCUAUCAAGUUUGGGAGAAGAUUCACGGGCAUUUCAGCCUUCACACCAAAUCUCGUGCGUGCCAGCUGCGAACUGCGAUGCAUGCAGUUUCGCUUGAAGGUAAAUCGAUGGAUGAAUACCUUCGUAAGAUCAAAGGCUAUGUUGAUGAACUUGCCGGUGUUGGAGUUCCAGUUCGGCAUAAGGAAUAUGUUGACACACUCCUUGAAGGUCUCCCGUCCGAUUACGCGUCGAUGAUCUCAGUUAUCGAAAGCAAGAAACGCAUUUCGUCCAUAUCUGAGAUUGAAGCUCUACUUUACGGUCAUGAAACUCGCCUUGUUCGCUACAACAAAAACACUCAAGUGUUGAGUUUUCCAUCCUUGAAUUAUACUCAAGGUUAUUCACACUCCUAUUCAUAUAAAUCUGGUGAUUCUGGUGGCUCUAGGGGAGCGUAUGGCCACAACAAUGGUGGUCAUGGAAAUCCUUCUAAUUGCGGUGUUGGCCGAUUUGUCAAUUUCCAAUGUUAAAUUUGUCUCAAAUAUGGACAUGCUGCAAAUGUGUGUCAUUUUUGUUCUGACAUGAACUUUCGACCUCAUGAGUCACUUACUUUCUUUGAUCAUGCCACACUUCAACCCAUUCCUUAUUUGUCUGGUUCUACUAGACCUUCAAACACUUGGAUUAAUCCCAAUUCCAAGUCUUUUGCUCAACCAUCCAAUCAACCCAGUGCUAUGCUUACAAACUCGUCCUCUCAGGGCAAUGGUCAAGCUAGUUCAACCUAGAUUCCAGAUUCUAGGGCUAGCCUUCAUGUGACUGGUGAAUCACGACAUAUCAAACAAUUUGCACACUUUGAUGGACCUGACCAAAUCUUCAUAGGGAAUGAUGAAGGUUUAAGUAUCUCUAGUGCUGGUUCCUCCUCUUUUGUGUCUCCUAAUGACUUUCACAUAACUUUCAAACUUCACAAAUUAUUACAUGUUCCUUCAAUUUCUAAAAAUUUGUUAAGUGUGAGUCAGUUUGCUAAAGAUAACUUUGUAUUCUUUGAAUUUCAUCUUCACUUAUGUCUUGUGAAAUCUCAAGAGACCAAUAAGGUCCUUCUUCAGGGAGUUGUUGGUGUUGAUAGUCUCUAUUCUUUUCAUAACAUCAAGCUUCAAGAUAAUUUUCCCUAGCUGUUGUCAACCUCAACUUCUACUUAAGAUAAUUGCUUGUCUAAUAGAGCUCCUACUGUUAAUAAAAAUUCUAGUGUAGCUUCUAUUGUUUCUCCCCCUAGCACUGUUAGCCUUUGGCAUGCUAGGUUAGGCCAUCCCAAUAGUCAUGUAAUGAAGCUAGUCUUCAACCAUUGUAAUAUUUCCUCAUCUAAUAAAAUAAUUUCAGAUUUUUGUGCUUCUUGUUGUAUGGGAAAGUCUCACACAAACUACCAUCUCAUUCUUCUACUUCUGUGUACUCUCCCCUAGAAGUUAUUUUCACAAAUUUGUGGGGACCAUCUCAUUUAACUUCCUAUGUUGGUUUCAAGUACUAUAUAUCCUUUAUUGGUGCUUUUUCCAGAUACACUUGGAUAUUUCCUAUUAAAACUAAGGUUGAAACUAUUUCUGUUUUUCAAGCUUUUAAACCCAUGGUUGAGUUGCAGCUUAAUACUAAAAUUAAAAGUGUUCAAUCUGAUUUGGGGGGUAGUGAAUACAGACCUUUCUCUGCUCUCCUAACCUUCUAUGAUAUCUCUCACAGACUAAUUUGUCCCCACACUCAUCAUCAAAUGGUGUGGUUGAAAGAAACACAGGCAUAUAGUUGGUCUGGGCCUUACCUUGUUACAUCAUGCAUCUUAACCCUUACAGUUUUGGGACUAAGCUUUUACUAAUGUUGUCUAUCUAAUUAAUAGACUUCCUACUGCUUUCCUUAACGUUGUUAUUCCUUUUGUCACUCUUUUCAACAAGGAUCUUGAUUUCUAAUUUCUUAAAACUUUUGGUUGUGCCUACUUUCCCUUAUUGAGACCUUAUCAUACUCAAACUUCAUUUUCGUUCUCAAGAGUGUUUGUUUUUUGGGGUAUUCCUCAUCUCAUAAAGGUUACAAAUGUUUGUCUUCAACUAGCAAAAUUAAUAUUUUCAAAGAUGUUUUGUUCAAUGAGCUGAGGUUUCCUUAUUCUGACCCAUUUCCCUCUUCUUCUAGCUCAGUACAGAACCUUGAUUCCUAUUUCAACCUUAAUCCUAACCUGUCUCCCCCUCUGUAAUUCCUACAUCCCAACCUUCUCAACUGUCUCCCUUCCACUCACCCUUUGCUCCCUCUAUUCCUCCUGGUUUUUCUCCUGUCUCCAAUCAACCCCUCAUCUAAGUCUACUUCUGUCCAUCCUCAAUCAUCAAAUGCCAGGUCUCACAGUGAGUCUGUUCCAGCACCAACUUCAAUUCCUGUUAACACUCAUCCUAUGGAAACUAGGUCCAAGUCUGGAAUUCACAAUCCUAGAUUCCAUCCUUCAUUAUUUCUUGCUCAUGAACCCAAGACUGUUAAAUAGGCCCUGGAAAAAUUCAGAUUUGUUUGCAGCUAUGCAACAAGAGUAUGAUGCUUUACUGAAAAACAGAACUUGGGACUUAGUCCCCCUACCUUCUAAUAGACAAGCUAUUGGGUGCAAAUGGGUUUUCAGAGUAAAAGAAUAUGUUGAUGGUUCUAUCAACAGGUUUAAAGCCAGGCUGGUUGCUAAGGGUUUUCAUCAUGUUCAUGGUUUUGACUUAUGAGACAUUUUCUCUUGUGGUCAAGUCUGUUACAAUUUGUGUUGUUCUCACUCUUGCUCUUUCUAAAGGGUGGGAGUUAUUUCAGCUUGAUUUCAACAAUGUUUUUCUUAAUAGAUUUCUUGAGGAAUCAGUAUUUAUGACACAGCCUCAUGAUUUUGAGGUUGCAGAUAAAUCCCUAGUCUGCAAGCUUAAUAAGGCUCUCUAUGGCUUAAAACAAGCCCCAAGGCACUGGUUUGACAGGUUGAAAUAUUCUCUGUUCAUCUACACACAUCAGGAGCAUACUGUCUAACUUCUAGUCUAUGUGGAUGAUAUCAUCAUCACAAGCAGUUUUGUUUCUUAUUCAGCUACUAACUUUCAAACUAAACACUACCUUCUCUCUUUAGAAACUGGGUCAUUUGGAUUAUUUUUGGGGACUAGAGAUCAAAUACCUUCCUAAUAAUUCUAUACUAAUGACUCAAAGCAAAUAUAUUCAUGACUUACUUCACAAAACUCAAAUGGCUAAAGCAUAUUCUAUUUCCUCUCCAUGGUUUCUAAUUAUAAGCUAUCCAGACAUGAUGCUGAUUUGUUUCAUGACCCAACUCUCUACAGAUCAGUAGUGGAUGCUCUGCAAUAUGCUACUCUCAUUAGACCUGAAAUCAGUUUUGCUGUUAAUAAAGUUUGUCAAUUUAUGGCUAGUCCUCUAGACUCUCAUUGGGUAGUGGUUAAAAGGAUCUUAAGGUAUCUCAAGGGUACAUUGUCUCAUGGUUUACUUCAGCCUGCUUCUAUUGCGAAACCCUUGGCUUUUUAUGCAUUAUGUGAUGCUGAUUGGGCAUCUGAUGUGGAUGAUAGGCGUUCCACCUCAGGGGCUGCCAUCUUUCUUGGCCCAAACUUGAUAUCAUGGUGGUUUUGCAAGCAAAAUGUCACAGCGAGGUCCAAUACUGAAACUGAGUAUCGCAACUUGACUCAAACUUCUACUAAAUUGACAAGGAUUCAAGCUCUUUUAACAGAAUUGCGAGUUCCCUUCACUACUCUUGUUCUUUAUUGUGACAAUCAAAGUGUUGUAUCCAUUGUUCAUAAUUCUGUGUUCCACAGUCGCAUGAAACAUAUGGAAAUCGAUAUCUUUUUUGUUAGGGAAAAGGUUCCGGCCAAGCAGCUUUCAGUCUGACACAUCCCAGCUCUGGAUCAGUGGUCAGAUGUGCUGACCAAGCCUCUUUCUUCAUCAAGAUUUGAAGUUCUCAGUGGCAAACUCAAUGUGAAGAGUUUUUCCUCUGAAAACUCUUCCCCUUGAGUUUGAGGGGGGGUAUUAGAGUAUAUGUAAGAAUAAUUGUGAAAACAGUUUGCAAGGGCUAUUAGCUUUUGCUAAUAGCACCUCACUAGUAUCAGGCUGUUAGUCUAUUAACAAACUUAGUUUGAAGCAUUAGAGGCCUAUAAAUACUCCCUUGUAACUAACUCUGUAACUAACUUUCAGGUUUAAUAGUAUCAGUUCUCUUUCUCUACA